GUGACGUCACCGUUUUGUUUUGCACCGUGGAAGCCCGGGCAAGAUGGCGAGCUCCAAGGUGAAGCAGGACAUGCCUCCGCAGGGAGGUUAUGCCGCCUUCGACUACAAGAGAAAUCUACCCAAAAGAGGACUCUCGGGUUAUAGCAUGUUUGGCAUUGGCAUCGGCCUCAUGUUGUUCGGCUACUGGAGAAUUUUCAAGUGGAACCGGGAGAGGAGGCGCUUGCAGAUCGAGGAGCUGGAAGCCAGGAUAGCUAUGAUGCCGCUAUUGCAGGCGGAGCAAGACCGCAGGAACUUGCGGAUGUUGAGGGAAAAUUUAGAAGAGGAGGCGAUUCUCAUGAAGGAUGUUCCCGGGUGGAAGGUGGGCGAGAGCGUCUUCCACACAGAUCGCUGGGUGGCCCCCAUGUCAGAGGAGCUCUUCAACCUCAGGCCACGGGAAGAGUUUUUACAUAAGCGCUUUGGCUUCUUGUGGUAUGUUUAAAUCAUCCCACUUCCUCGACAGCAUGUGGAUCCACGGCCGUGGCAUCAUCUACUUUGUAAAUGUUCAAUAUUAAACAUACAUUUUUUUGUUCCCA